UGGGUGAGUUUGUGACAGGAGAAGUUAGUCGUGUGUGAGCCACUCCCUGCGCCGGACGUCACUCGACCUCUGCUGGUGCUCCUGUCGCUGCUGCUACUCGCCCUUCUACUAUGGCCGCCCUAGAAAAGAAGCCCUUGGAUCUGACAGCCCUCAGGGAUGCCAAGUUACCAGUCAUCUUCGUCCUAGGAGGUCCCGGUUGUGGGAAGGGAACCCAGUGUGACAAGAUCGUGCAGAAGUAUGGCUACACUCACCUGUCCUCUGGCGAUCUGCUGAGAGACGAGGUCAACUCAGGGUCUGAACGUGGAAAGUCGCUCAACACGAUCAUGGAAAAGGGUGACCUUGUUCCUCUUGAAGUGGUACUGGACUUGCUGGCAGAGGCAAUGCUCAAGCAGGUAUCCACCUCCAAGGGCUUCCUCAUCGAUGGCUACCCACGUGAGCAGGCCCAGGGUGUCCAAUUUGAGCAGUCGAUCUUGCCGUGCACCAAGGUGUUGUACUUUGAGGUACCUGACGAAGUGAUGGUGGAGCGCCUCCUGCACCGUGCCAAGACCUCUGGCCGUGUUGAUGACAAUGAAGAGACCAUCAAGAAACGCUUGGCUACCUUCCACAAACACUCCAAGCCAGUCAUCGACUACUACAAGGACAAGUGCAGUACUAUUGUGGCUCUCAGCUCACCUGAUGAAGUCUUCUCUGAGGUUCAGAAGUCACUUGGUAGAAUGCAGUAAACACAUUCAAGUUCAUGUUGUGAAGUUUAUCAGCUGCAUUCACAGGGAAAUUGAUUUCUUUCAAGUAAAACACCACUGAAGAUUAUAAAGUUUGGAAUGUUUCUAUAAAGAAGACCUCAUAAGCCUUCCUCUUGGAAAUAAUUUAAUUAAGGUGAUACUGUAUAUUUAUAUCAGAAUUUUCUUUGUCAAACUUGGAUCUAGGUCUAAAAUAUUUCACAACCAAGGACAGCUUGAUAUACUUAAUAAAUGGACAGCGCUUAGCAGAGAAUCACCCAGGCUUCUACACAGUUGCAGGACCACCCAUAUUGGGUGGUUAAGCCCUUCAUUUACACUGUUUACCUUCAAGAACAAUAUGAUGAGUUUUGUUACAUUAGGAAACUUCUUAUACUGUGACUGGACAUCUCUGACUCUAAUUUGGCGACUCUUGACUUUUAAGACUAAAGGAACAUCUUAUACUACACAGUACUGGUCUUGUAUUGUUGACUGUUAAUAAACUGUUUAAAUGACUUAUUA